AUGGUGGUGAUGAACAAACUGGUGGAUAAGCCCGAGUGGUAUGUUGACAUUUUCAACGACCAGGUUGUGGCCAAGUGGCGAGAAGAGGCCUUUGAAAUGAUAUCACUUAUGAGUGAAAAGGCGUGGAGCUGGAUUUGGAUGAGCUGGAUAAUAGCUGUCUACUUCCGCGAGAAACAAUAUGUUUGUGUGCUAGACACUGGCUCUUGUGUUUGUAAAUCCGAGACGCUUGCUCUGCAAUCGCUUGCCGCUUCAUUCAGAUCUACAGCUACACCCAUACUCGACCAACAACAGAAUAAGGAUUGGCAGCUUGGAUCUGACAACCAGGUGUUAAAACCCUGUCGAUCUGUCAUCAUUCCCUUUGGUUUAUGGGAGAAGCCUAGUUUUGGCAGACGGGGCCAAGUUGACCUGCAAGCCAUGUUUAGCUCCAACAGAGAUGCUAUAGUCGUGCCGAAACAUUUCGGUAGACGUAUUGACUCACUGGAAAUCUAG